AAUAAAGGCUGAAAUUCAUCACCUCUCCGUAUAGAAAAUCAUUCACACAGCUGUUUAGAUUGCCCGUAUUUCAAACAUGUCCAAGAUCUUCAUCACAGGAGCUUCAGGCUACAUCGGCGGCCAAGCCCUCUAUCAAAUCACCCAGGAUUUCCCUAAUGCCCAGAUUACACUUCUAGAGAGACUUCAGGAGGAAGCGGACAAAAUUCAGCUCCAAUACCGCAGCGUCAAACUUGUGAUUGCUGGUUUGGACGACGCCGCCAUCAUUGAACACGAGGCUGAACAAGCAGACAUUGUUCUCAAUCUUGCCGACGCCAAGCACAUUGCUGGUGCCCAGUCCAUUCACAAUGGCCUGAAGCGACGCAGUGUCAAUAGUCCAGUCUUUUGGGUUCAAAUAUCAGGUGCUGCUCUCUUAGCAACGGCCGAAACAGCCAACAAAGAGUACCAGCCUGGCUCAUCCUCCGAGACCGUCUUUGACGAUACCGAUGGCAUUGCUGCCUUACGUGACCACAUUCGCCAGUAUCCCGGGCGAGCAAUCGACAACUACCUCCAAAGCGUCUCCUCAACUUCUCCCCACGUCCACUCUGCGCUUCUUACACCACCAAUAAUCUACGGUAAAGGUGAUGGUCCAGUUAACCAGCGCUCGACACAGGUGCCGGAGCUCAUUAGUGCUACUCUAAAGCGUGGCAAGGCGCUCCAGCUUGGAAACGGCUUGAACAAAUGGGGCAAUAUUCAUAUUCGCGAUUUGGGAACCCUUAUCUCCGGUUUUGUCGACAAGGCAAUCGGCAAAGACUUAUCAAAGGAUAUUUGGGGCGACAACGGAGUAUACCUAGCCAGUGUUGGAGAGCUAUCGUUUGGUGAGAUCGCCCAGAAGAUUGCUCUGGCAGCAAAGGAACAGUCGUACAUUGGAGAUACAUCGGUGGAUUCGUUGGUUGCAGCCGACUUUCAAACCGAAGGCAAGGGCUUUAUCCCGCUACUCUUUGGUACCAAUGCACGCAGCAGAUCGCAUCGUGCAACCAAGUAUUUGGAUUGGAAGCCUACCUCACACAACUUAGAACAGGAGAUUAAGCAAUGUGUAGCUCGAGAAGCAGAAGCUUUGGGUCUGCAAAAGCUAGCCACUGUGUAAGAGAAAGCCCUUGGGUUUACUGGCACGUGCCCGCCUCCCAAUACCACCACUUCUAUUCUUC